AUGAAUAAUUUCACCCCAGGUCCACCUAGGGCAUCAAAACCAGCCCCAACGGUGUUUUGCUAUAUAUGUGGCCGGCAAUUUGGUUCGAAAAGUAUAGCUAUACAUGAACCACAAUGUCUUCGGAAAUGGCAUCUGGAAAAUGAAAAGCUACCAAAGUCAAAGAGAAGAGUAGCACCAGUGAAGCCCGAUGCGAUUAUAGACCAUAAUGGCCAAAUUGACCAAGAAGCAACUAAUGAAGUGCUUUGGAAAAAUUCUCAAGGACUUAUGGUAGAAUGUGAACACUGUGAAAGGAAAUUCAAUGAAGACCGUCUGGCAGUGCAUCAAAGAAGUUGCACGGCAGAAAAACCAGCAAAGAGUGUGAUUCGAGAUCGCUCAAAGAGCCAGCCUCGCAAAUAA